GCUACGAGGUCGAGGUCUUUCUUCAGACCAGACACAUCAGCGAUGAUCUCACGGAGAAGCUGCACAGCUGGUACGGAGACACUCUGACGAGGACCGAGUUCUCUGACAACACCAAGAGCGCCUACAAGCCUCGCAAGUACAAUCAAACGACAGGCAAGUUCGAGACUGGCCCUGAUUACACGCCGCAAGUGGCAGGCAGCGGCUUGGUUGCGUCGUGGGAGCUGUGUAUGAUGAACCUGGCGCGGUCCCUUCGCGAGCAGAAGCGAGAUUUCAGCCACGUCCUCGUGAUCCGAGCGGACCAGAUCUUCAAAGUGAACGUUGGGCAGAUCCUCCUCAACCUGGAUGCCGAGGACCGCGAGAAGAUCCUCUACGCGAACAAGCACGUCGUGCACGGCCCUGACGGGCAGCCCAUAGAAGAGGGCCAGUGUCCCUCAGGCAGGCGCUUCUUCGGCGACAGGUGGGACAGCGCUGACGGUACCCCGAGCGUCAGCGAUCAGUUCCAUUGGUUCCCUUUCGGACUUGCAAACGUCAUGAUGAAGUGUGGCUUUCCUGGCCACCAGGCGUGGGACAAGCACCAGGCGUGGGUCGGCGAGGCACGCUUGGGCUUCCUGACCCCGGGGCCCUUCGAGUCAGACCCGUCCAAGGGGUGGAACCCGCUCUUCCGGCUGGCGGGCCGCGCCGAGCGAGAGCCCACAGAGGCAGAGCUCAGCAGG